CAGGUUUAUACAUCAAACCUGUAAAAACCUCUAAUUUGUAUAGUGAAUUUUUUUUCAUCCCAAUUAUCAGAAAAAAUAGGUUACUUUCAAAGAGUAUCUUCUUAGUUUUACUAAUACUUUGGAAUAUCAUCAAAUAUAUAUAGUAUAUCGAAUAUGUCUGCUGCCAGCAAGAUUUUAUCUGAAAAGCCAACUGAAUUAGAAUUAAAAGUUGCUCAAGCUUUUGUUGAUUUAGAAGCUCAAGCUGAUUUAAAGGCUGAAUUAAGAGCUUUACAAUUUAAAUCAAUUAAAGAAAUUGAUGUUUCUGGUGGUAAGAAAGCUUUAGCUAUCUUUGUCCCAGUUCCAUCUUUGACUUCUUACAAGAAAGUUCAAACCAGAUUAACUAGAGAAUUAGAAAAGAAAUUCCCAGACUCUCACGUUGUUUUCUUAGCUGAAAGAAGAAUCUUACCAAAACCAUCUAGAAGAUCUAGACAACAACAAAAGAGACCAAGAUCAAGAACUUUAACUGCUGUUCAUGAUGCCAUCUUAGAAGAUCUUGUCUUCCCAACCGAAAUCAUUGGUAAGAGAGUUAGAUACUUAGUUGGUGGUAACAAGAUCCAAAAGAUCUUAUUAGACUCUAAGGACUCUACUGCUGUUGACUACAAAUUGGAAUCUUUCCAACAAUUAUACUCAAAAUUAACUGGUAAGCAAGUUGUUUUUGAAAUCCCAGGUGAAACUCAUUAAAUAAUUUGUUAAUCCUCCUCCUCCUCCUCCUCACACGUCCUACUCACAUUUGACUUCCAUAUCACACCUAUAUUAUAUAUUUUUGAUGAGAACUUUAUGAAUAGAUAAUUUGAAAUUAUAAACUACUUUACUUUAAUGGAUUGCCUUGGUUAUUCAUAUCAUUUUUUUGUAUAUUAGAAAGGUUGUUUCAUAUUUUACCAUUUCAGUUUCUUUCAUAUUUUAUGUGUAAAUCACAUAAUAAUAAUAAUAAUGAUAAAUGAUCCUAGUUUGGGGUUUAUUAUUUCACAUUUUUAUCAAUUUCAUAUGUUCUCUGAAGCAUACAUUCUUCAUACAUAACUAACCAACCAUCCCAAACCAAAAUACUUUUAUAUAUAUAUACGUAUAUAAAAAUCUUUAAUAAAAAAAUUCGGAAAUUUAGAAU